AUGUCGCCGACGAUGACCGAAGGCGGGAUCGCAUCUUGGAAGAAAAAAGAGGGCGAAUCAUUUUCCGCUGGUGACAUUCUUCUCGAAAUCGAAACCGACAAGGCAACCAUGGAUGUCGAGGCUCAAGACGAUGGAGUGCUCGGUAAAAUAUUGGUUGAAAAUGGUGCCAAAAAUGUCUCUGUGGGUACCCUUAUCGCAUUACUCGCUGAAGAGGGCGACGAUAUCUCCAACAUCCAAGCUCCAGCAGAAUCAGAAUCAGAAUCGUCAUCCUCUAAAUCCCCCAAAAAGGAGGAGCAAUCCACCAGCGCGUCUUCAGCUGGCACCGCCCCAACAUCUAGGUCUUCCCCUUCUGCUCCGGAAUCUGCCGCCCCCAGUUCAACACAUCAUGAUUUCCCCAAGGGACCGUUGUUCCCAUCUGUCAUGCGUUUGUUGGCUCAACACCACGUCUCUUCCAAAGAUGCGAAGAAGAUCAAGGGGACCGGCGUGCGUGGUAUGCUGACCAAGGGUGAUAUCCUUGCGCAUUUGGGGUUGGCAAGUACCCCGACAGGAACAUUCAAAGUCACUCAACCGAAAGAUACGCCUGCCACAGUUGGUAAGACAGGGAUCAAGGCAGAGGGUCCUAAGAAGGUCGAGAUCGAUGCACCAACGUUACGAAGGCUGAUCGUCGAGGGUAUGGCACUCAGGGCAGACAAAUCGCUUACCACGUCUAAACCUGCCCCUGCGACCUUCGAUUCGAUCAUAGAUGACUACUUGCCACCCAAACCUGCCGGCGUCAAGCUUCCCGUCAUACCACCUACGACUCCUGCGCGACAUGGCUAUUUUGAUGGGCUACUGUAA